AUGUCCUCAUCAGUAGAAAUCGGACGAGCGCUCGAAGAAAAGAACGUUGACAUAUUAAAAGCUAAAAAUGUGCAAGUGGAAAGGACCUGUGAACGGUUCUUCCCAGUUUCCGAAAUCCCAAAUUCGGUAAUUCCCUGGGGCAAAGGGGAUCAGGGGAUAGAUAUGCGCGGGCGCAUGAAGGGCCAACCAUCUGCCGGGCAGUGCAAAUCCUGGAAAGCAAGAAAAAUAGGGCCUGCCGUGAUCCGGGAGAUGAUAGGGGCGUUAGCAAAUGAGCCUAGGGAGACGAUCGGCGUGGAAGUGGGGUUGACUAGGGACUCAUUUACCAGUGGGGCGGUUAAAGCGGCCGAACAAGCAGGGAUACUCAUAACCGAUAGUGAUCAUCUAUAG